AUGGAUGAAAAACGACGAACCAUCCGUCAUGAGCUUACUAGAGACGACCAAGCCAACCAUACGACUUGGCAUUCCAACGACACCAGAAAAACCACCAGCACAGGCGAUCUCUUUGCCCAAAAUGUUAGCGGCCAACCAACUGAUGCUACCGAGACGCCGUAUUCACCUGCGCCACCGAGCGAGCUCUGGGGAGGAGAGAUUGGCAUUCGAGAUAAUGAUGGCCGAAUUGAUAUCGAUUGCGAUUCCAAGUUGGUACGAGCCAUGAGCUUGAUGUCCCAAGCGAGAAGAGGAUCGGAAGAAAAGCAGGCGUACAGGCCACCAUCGCCUAGUCCGUCUUUACCGCCGUAUGAGCAAGUCCAAGGCUGGGCAGCUGGAACGGAUUGUCAUCAAGAUCCAAUCAAACUCAACGUGUUGAUACAAGUCGUGGGUAGUCGGGGGGAUGUUCAACCUUUCGUCGCUUUGGGCGCCGAGCUUAAGCAACGCGGUCAUCGUGUCCGAUUAGCUACCCACGACCUCUUUGAAAAGUUCGUCAGGGAUGCCGGCUUGGAACACUACUCAGUUGGUGGUGACCCUGCGGCCCUGAUGGCUUAUAUGGUCAAGAACCCAGGUCUAAUCCCUAGCAUGAAGAGCCUCCAGGCCGGCGAGAUCCAACAGAAGCGUGAAAUGGUUGGAGCGAUGCUCGAAGGCUUUUGGGAAGCUUGCAUACGGCCGGACACUGUCACAGGUCUUCCAUUUGUAGCAGACGCAAUCAUCUCGAAUCCUCCCAGUUUCGCCCACAUCCACUGCGCUCAGGCGCUUGGUAUUCCUGUCCAUAUCAUGUUUACUAUGCCCUGGACAAGCACGACGGCGUUUCCUCACCCACUAGCCAAUUUGAAGAACGUUGGAGGGGAUAGAUCGCUGGCGAACUAUAUCUCUUAUGGGGUGGUCGACCACAUGACUUGGCAAGGACUUGGUGAUGUGAUUAACAAGUGGCGCAAAAGCCUCGACUUGGAGAAGGUGGCCAUGUUUGAUGGACCAAUGCUGACUAAAUCGUUGAAAAUCCCCUUCACAUACUGCUGGUCUCCAGCUCUCGUUCCCAAGCCUAGAGAUUGGGGUUCCCACAUCGAUGUUUGUGGUUUUUUCUUUCGCGACACGCCCGAGUACUCCCCUCCGGAAGACUUGUUUCAAUUUCUCAAGGCCGGGCCUCCGCCAGUGUACAUCGGAUUCGGAAGUAUCGUUCUAGACAACCCCGAGCGCAUGGUUAACACUAUUCUGAGUGCAGUCAAAAUUGCAGGGGUGAGAGCCAUCAUUUCUAAAGGCUGGUCAGAUCUGGCUGGCUCACAAAGCGAGUCUGUGUACUGGAUCGGCGAUUGCCCCCAUGAAUGGUUGUUUCAACAGGUAGCGGCUGUGGUGCAUCACGGAGGUGCUGGCACGACGGCUUGUGGAUUAAGGAAUGGCAAACCGACAACCAUAGUUCCUUUCUUUGGAGACCAGCCAUUCUGGGGUGACAUGGUUGCCAACGCUGGCGCUGGCCCCAGACCUAUUCACCAAAAAGAUCUCAACCUAGAUAACCUCGGUGCUGCUAUCCAGUACUGCCUGACGCCUCAAGCCGCGUCGGCAGCACAGGCUAUAGCGACACAGAUGGCAGCUGAGAAAGGUGUUCAAAGCGCCGUGAAUUCGUGGUGGAAGCAGCUGCCCCAAAAACGCAUGCAGUGCGAUCUUCUACCCAGUCAGGCCGCCGCAUGGGCAUUCACAAAGUCCAAGACACCUAUAAAACUGUCAAAGCUGGCUACUGAAGUUCUUCUGUCUCAUGAUGCGUUGCAGCCGAAACAGCUUUCUAUAUACCAAAGCAAACCCAUCACCAUCGAUGUCACACGGUGGGAUCCUGUCUCUGGCGGGGCGUCUGCUGUCAUGGCUACGGCGGUGGAUUUGACAGGAUCGAUAACGGGCAUGGUCACGAAGCCUGUGGAAGUCUAUCAAGGCGAGAAACGACGCCGAGCCCGUAACUUGAAGCGGCAGCAGAUACAGCAGCGGGAGAGCGACAGCCCCGGCUUCAAGCGGGAUGCCUCCAUUGAUGACUGCAGCUCGGUUGCUUCCACUGGUAACGGAAGAAGCAAAGGGAAACAAAACUCGAUGGCGGGCAAAGUGGCUGGGGCAUCAGCGAAGAGCAUUGGCCUUUUUGCACCUAUAGCGGCCAAAGGCAUGCUGUUGGACAUCCCGCUCGCCAUAACCGAAGGAUUGAGGACAGUUCCGAAGCAUUUCGGCACCGAGGUACGCAACCACGGCCCAGUCACCAAUGCCAAGAGCGGUGCCGCUGUGGCAGGCAAAACCUUUGCGUGGGGCUUCGUGGACGGUGUGAGUGACUUAGUCAUGGAGCCCAUCAGAGGAGGCAAGAACGAAGGUGCUCUUGGUGCUUUCAAGGGGUUUGGGAAAGGUGCUGCAAGCUUAGUAGCCAAAAGCGGCGCGGGCAUGUUUGGAUUACUUGCAUAUCCUAGCGCUGGCAUUGCUAAGGGCUUGAGGUCAGCGAUGGACACUGGAACGAGGAAGGCAAUUGCCGAGGAGAAACACGCGGAGGGGCAAUGGCUAGUCAAUGGUAACGCGGUUUCUGAGGUGAACGCGGGAGAGGUGCUCGCCUCGUUCAACCGCCUUCGUGGCCUCCGCUAG